CCAGGUGCUGGAAGAAGGACCACUGGCUGGAUGGGGUGACCAUGUGUCCCCGGGCCCUCCGCCUGCUUCGGGGGCUGUGCCUCUGGUUGCUGCUGGGCACCGUGAGCGGGAACCGGAGCUGCGUCUUCUAUGAGACCCCCCACAACCUGCAGGGCUCCAUGCGGCACCAGGGGCGUCUCCUGGCGGGCGCUGAGCACGGCACCAUCCUCUGCCACUCCAGCCACUGCUGCUUUGGGAUCUGGAACCAAAGCCACGGCCAGCUCCAAGCGGUGAUGCAAGGUUGCUGGGGCAGCGACCGAGAUGGCUGCGACUCCCCAGCCUGCAAAACCAGCCCCGUCCACACUGCCGGGGUCAUCUUCCAGCGCUGCCUGUGCCGCUCCGACUUCUGCAAUGCCAACGUCAGCCAGCUUGGGGCCCCUGCAGCGCCGCAAGCCUCGGCUGGGUCUGCUCCGACGGGCACCACCUGGAUCGCCGUGGCCUGCUCACUGCUGUUCUUCCUCAGCUGUCUGGCCUUCCUAGUGCUGAGAAGGGUGAAGGUCUGUGCAGGGCUGCUGUGCCAGGAGGAGAGCGGCGAGCUGACCAAAGGCACCAUAGACCCCCAUUCCAGCCGUGAGAGGGAACUCCCCAGCCUGGAGCUGCCAGCGCUCCAGUUCCUCCAGGUGCUCCAGGAUGGGCGCUUCUCCGUGGUGUGGCAGGGCACCCUGCACCAGACGCCCGUCGCAAUCAAGGCCUUCCCCGACGCCUGCUCCCAGCACUUUGCAGCCGAGUGGUCCGUGCACAGCCUGCCCCUGAUGAACCACGACAACGUGGCCCGGCUCCUGGCGGCUGGGCGAGGAGGGGUGCGCGGGGAACAAGGGAGCCUGUUGGUGCUGCAGCUCUACCCAGCGGGUUCCCUGAGACACUUCCUAAGCCAGCACGUCAGCACCUGGGACACCACCAUCAGACUGGCCCUGUCGCUGGCCCGGGGGCUGGCCUUCCUGCACGAGGAGCUCUGGCACAACGGCCUGCACAAGCCCAGCGUGGCACACCGGGACCUGAGCAGCCAGAACGUGCUGGUGCGGGAGGACCAGAGCUGCGCCAUCAGCGACUUCGGCCUGGCCACGGCGCUGCCCGCAUGCCUGGAGCAAUGGGGCGGCGGCCGCAUGGAAGCUGCUGUCAGGAAGGCAGGGACCCAGCGGUACAUGGCCCCCGAGAUCCUGGAUGACAGCCUGGACCUGCAGGUCUGGGGCCGCGCGCUGAAGCAGGCCGACAUCUACUCCCUGGCCCUGGUGCUCUGGGAGAUCCUGUCGAGAUGCUCGGGGCUCUCCCCAGACUGCGGGGUCCCUCCCUUCCAGCUGGCCUACGAGGCGGAGCUGGGCAGCAGUCCCACGUAUGGGGAGCUGAGGAGACUGGCCGUGGAGGAGAGGAGGAGGCCAGCCAUCCCCGACUCCUGGAGGGGGACAGGCCAGGUCUCCAUCUGCCUGCGGGAGCUGCUGGAGGACUGCUGGGACCCCGAUCCCGAGGCCCGGCUGACGGCCGAGUGCGCCCGCCAGCGGCUCCAGUCCCUGGGAGCCGAGUUGCCGGCGGGGGUGUGCUGAGCUGGCAAGGGGUGCUGCCCCCAUUCUCACCUGCCACCAGCCCACGGUGCCUGGGAAUGCUCCUUGGGCCUCGGGUUGGCACUGACGGAGGAAGAGGAACUCUGGGGGCAGGGAUGGUGCCACGCCUGUGUCACCCCAGCUUUUGCCGGCGCUGUAUAUAACCACCCCCACCUGGGCCGGAUUCGAACCUGCCGCUGCCCCCUGCUGGAUGGGAUCAGAGCUGCCUGAGCGCAAGUGUGAACCGAUUGGCCCCUUAUGGAGCUGACACAGGUCUUGUCCAUACCCCCGGCAGGCAGGAGGGGUGUACACCGCACGGCAUCCAGCGGGUGAGUGGGGUGCAGGCGGCUUGGCCAGAAGCCAUGUCUGCAUGGUUGUGGCCAUGGGUUUGUUCCCCAGAUCAAGGGAUCGAGCCCCAUUUCUGUUUGGUUGGCUGCUUGUGAUCAAUAAAUUGUGUGCCCUGUAUUCUGGGAUCAGUCCCAACCCCUUCGUGUCGGAGCAGCCUCAGGGCUGCUCUAACUUGCCCUCUGCUCCCAGGGGCUCCGGGAGGAGGGAAUACCCAUAAUGCAGUGUGCUUUGGCCAUGCCCCCCAUCUGCCCCCAGGCUAGGAGCACAGCCCUCAUGUGGUCACGCCAGUCCCACACAGAUAUGCCAGCCCCACACGGAUGGGUGGGUGUGCAGCCCUUAAGUUACCCCCCAUCCCCUUCAUGGACAUGCAUCUCCUUAACCCUCCCCCCCACAUAGAUGGCAUGCACCUCUAUUCCCCCCCUCAUAGGCAUACAGACCAGACACACACCCUCCCCCAAGACACAUACACAGGGCAUAUGUCCUCAGCCACUCACCCACUGAUGGGCAUACACAGGUAUACACCUUCCAUGCACACACAUGCACACUGUCCUGGGCCUGGGCUAUGUUGUUUACACUCCCUGCAGGGCCGCCCAGAGGAUUCAGGGGCCCUGGGGCAAAGCGGGGGAGUGGACAUAAAAAAAGGCACCACCCGCUGCGGCGCUUGUACUCACCGGGCGGCGCUCCGAGUCUGCGGCAGCGGCGGGUCCUUCACUCGCUCCGCGUCUUCGGCAGUACUGAAGGACCUGCCACCAAAAUGCCGCCGAAGACCCGGAGCGCCGCUGGGUGAGUAAAAAUUAAAAAGGCGCCUCUAGCCAGGGAAGGGAUUCUCGGCCAGGGCUCGCAGGGCCCCUGUGGGGCCCAGGGCAAAUUGCCCCACUUGCCCCCCUGGCUCCCUGCCCCAAAGAGCUCACAAUAACAGUCAAUAUUUGUGAGUGGAAACUGAGGCACUGAGCAGCAAAGUGACUUGCCAAAGGUCACCCAGCAGAGCCAGGAAUAGAAGCUGGGUCUCCCGAGUCCUAGUCCGGUGGACUAUCCACUAGCCCACACUGUCCCUCGAAGCUUUUAAUGGGGGGUGCAGAUCUUGGCCAUGGGGAGCUGGGUAGGGGGACAAAUAGUGGCAUUGGGGGGUCAGGUUCAGACUCUUCUAUUCCCCACAGACUUUAGAGUGGGUCGAGACCGGGCUACAGCCUGGGAACGCCAGCUGGCUUGCGAUGGUACCACCUGUCAGGUGACUCCUCGAGGAGACCGUGGGGCACUAAAGGGUUGGCCCUUUCUCCUUACCUCUGGGAGUGGGUUAUGGGAGGAUCUUGCUCAGCAGAAGCCUGGUGUUUAUGAUAAUACUCUGCACUCACAAAUCCCCCAUCUCCCUCAUUUCACAGCAGGGGAAACUGAGGCAUGGAGGGGGCAGGGGAAGGGACCCACCCAGGACUAAAACCCAGCUCCCAGGCCUCUGCGCUGCCUCUGUCUGCAGGCCGAUGGUGCAAUGCCAGGGUUUGCUGAUCCUCGGGGCUCUGUGCCAGCCGCCUCUCCACAGGGAGUUGCCCGGGGACGCAGACACCUGCCAGGUGUCACUCAGCUGGAGUGACAGUCCCAUCUUAGCCCCUGCACCAGCUGCAGUGACUCUGGGAGCUGGGCUGCAGGCCCGCUGAGCUCCUCCUCCUGGCUACGAGAAAGGAUGUAGGAUGGCCAUGGCUCCCCCUCCUCCACUGCUCCCUUGCAGGGUAGAGGGGGCCAGCCCAUUCCUCUCCCAGGGGGUGCCCAUGAUGUGACAGGAGAGGGCAGGUCCAGAGGAAGGAGAGAGGGGGAGCUUGGCUCUUGGGGAAGGGGUGAUCAGGGGAGUAUACAAUAGAUGAGAGAAAGGUUGGGACAAAGGAGGAAACAAUGGUCUUGUGGCUAGUGCCCAGGACACCUGGGUCCCAUUCCCAGAUCUGCCCCUGACCACCUGUGAGAAUCUCCCAUCGCCUCCCUGUUCCCCAGUUUCCCUGUCUGGGAUAACGAUAUUGACACAAGGUUGGUGAAAGAGCCUUAAUUUGUUCUGCUUCGCGGAGCGGGGGGAAUCGGGAAUCCCGUCGGGCGCUUGGCCUGCAGAAAGAACACGUGAGGAGCAACGCAGCCCCGCCCAGGCCGUCUCUGAGCCCCAGACAGGGCAGACGAGCUGCUUGCUGGGGUAAUUUGACAUUGAAUGUUUGUACGAGGGGGCUGGCUGGAAAUAAAGCCUGAGUAAUACAUCA